CAUCAUAAAUUAUUAAUUAUUAAUUAAUAACUUCGUUUUUAUACCGAACAUUUAACAAAAAUUUAAAAUCAAAAAAUAAUAAUCUCUAUUAUAGUACAUUGAAAAUAAAUAAGCACAAGUGUAGUUAAAUUUAUUUUUCGCGUUACGUCCGAUAGACAAGUAGGUAUACUAACCAAUAAUUAGCGUAUAAACUCUAAAUGUAACAUGUAUAGAUAUUUAUAAUUAAAAUUCCUUAUACCUAUAUCUAUUUAAAGUGUUGUAAAACUAAACAAACAAUUGUUUAUUUAGAACAAUAUUAAAAUGCCUAAAGAUGCACCACCAACAAAGAAAAUUAAGAAAGCAAACCCCGAAAUUAGCUCUGCAAAAACCAGUAAUUUUUUGGACGAUGUGGCUGCUGAACGCAAAAAAGUAUGUGUAAAAUACAUUCUAAUUAAAAUUUGUUUUUAAAUUUAAACAUAAAAAUGAAUAUUUUACAGACAGCCACAUCAGUAAUGGAAUUUAAAUUCAACAAAAAACGUGUGCGUGUAUUGUCUAAAACUUCAGAAGUUCCCGAAUGGGCCGAUGGAGUUAUCUAUUGGACCUUCCGAGAUGAACGUAUUCAUGGUAAAUUAAAAAUUUAAUAGUAUAACAUACGGCAGUAUGUCCCUUAUUUAUCCCUAUUUUUUUAUAUUGCUGUUUUUUUUUUUUAGAUAACUGGGCAUUGCUUUAUGCGCAAAAGUUAGCAAUCAAAAAUAAAGUUUCUCUACACAUUACGUUCUGUAGACUGACUAAAUUCUUGGAUUGUAGUUUACGACACUAUAAACAUAUAUUUCAAGGUUAAACUGCGAGUAUUUAUUCAUACUUUAUUAAACCCUGAAAUUAGUUUAACAAUUAUGGUGUGCUAUUUAAUUUAUUUAAUUCUUACCUUUGGGCAUAUUUUUUUAAUAUAAAAUUAAUAAUGUAUAUCCACCAAUAUUAUAGUUGAAUAGUUUAUAGUUCUUAUUUAUACUAGUUAGUUUAUAUACUAAUUAAACAAAAAAAUGUAUAAUUAUAAGAUUAAAUUUGUUUCAUUUAACAAAAAAUAAUUCAUUUUUUUUACUUUUAGGUUUAGAAGAAUUAGAAAAUGAAUGUAAAACAUUAAAUAUUCAAUUUCAUUUCUUAAUUGGUUCUGCAGCAGAAAUAUUACCUGAUUUUGUUAAAAAACAUAAAUUAGGUGCAGUCGUUGUAGACUUUAUGCCUGUUCGUGAACAUAUGUUAUGGACCCAACAAUUAGCUGAUAGUAUUGGAUCUGAAAUUCCAGUUGUUCAGGUUGAUGCCCAUAAUAUCGUUCCUUGUUGGGUGGCUUCGGAUAAACUAGAAUAUGCUGCAAGAACAAUACGAAAUAAAAUCAAUAAGAACCUUCCAGAAUUUUUAACAGAAUUUCCACCAGUGAUUAAACAUCCAUUUAGUGGUAAACUUAAAACUCAAGUAUGGAGUAUAGAACUAUUAAAAUGAUUAACCAAAAAUAUUCCAAAAUAACAAGUUAUUUCAUUUGUAAUUAUUAUUAUUAGCCAACAAAUUGGAACGAUGCUGACAAAACUCUUCAAGUCGAUCGUAGUGUUUUACCUGUCCCGGGUCUUAAGGCAGGUUUCAAAGCUGGUAUGAAUGAGUUGGAUAAUUUUUUGAAGAAACGAUUAUCAAAGUAUUCAACAGAUCGAAACAAUCCUGUAAAAGACGGACUUAGUAAUCUUUCACCUUGGUUACAUUUCGGUCAGUUACAAAAGGGUUUUAAAAUAAUUUCUUUUGUACAUGAUAUUACUAUUUAUAAUAGGUCAGAUAUCAGCACAAAGAUGUAUCUUAGAAGUUAGUAAAUUUUCUAAAAUGUAUCCGGAGAGUGUUUUAGCAUAUAGAGAAGAAACAAUUGUUCGCCGGGAACUUUCAGACAAUUUCUGCUUUUAUAAUCCAAAAUAUGAUAGCAUUGAGGGUGCACCAAACUGGGCUCAAGUUACCUUGAAUGAUCAUAGGUAUGUCCUAUAUAUAAUGAUAUAUUUGAUCUUCAAUUAUACAUUUCUUUUAUUUAUUUAGAAAAGAUAAACGGAAGUUUGUAUACACAAGAGAAGAAUUGGAAAAAUCACGUACGUAUGAUGAUUUAUGGAAUUCAGCACAAAUUCAGUUAGUGAAGGAUGGUAAGAUGCACGGUUUCUUGCGUAUGUACUGGGCAAAGAAAAUAUUAGAAUGGACAGAUACUCCGGAAAGAGCACUAGCUGAUGCAAUAUAUCUCAAUGACAAAUAUAGCAUGGAUGGUCGCGAUCCAAGUGGUUUUGUUGGUUGUAUGUGGUCUAUAUGCGGUGUUCAUGAUCAAGGAUGGAGAGAACGAGAAAUUUUUGGAAAAAUUAGAUUUAUGAACUAUGAUGGGUGUAAAAGAAAAUUUGAUAUAAAUGCCUUUAUAGCUAGGUAUGGUGGCAUGGUUCACAAAUACACUAAAAAAUAAAUAUUGUACAAAUAUUUAUUUAUAGUAUUAUUUUUAUACCAGUUCAAUUUAAAUUUGUAUACCUUUUUUUGAUAUAAUUAAUUGUUACUACAGCACAGUAUUAUUUUUGUGAGCAAUCAUUCAAAAUUUGAUUUUUAUCAUUAAUAAUUAUAAACA